AUCGGAAAGAGACAGCAAUACGGUGCAAAAGUGCAAGACGAAAUUAGCGAAAAGCUAAAAGUAAAUAUCUCUUAUUUUUCGCUUAUUCCGCCAGAAAAGGAGGCGCGGAGGCUGCGGCGGUGGGCGGGGCAAGUAACGAGGCGGAAAAAGUGCAAAAUAAGCAAGUGACAGCAUUCGGCCAGCACAGAAACUGACCUGAAAUCGGCCGGGAAAACCGAACAAAACGAUGACGAGUCGCCAGCGCACGGUGAUUAUAUUCAAAUCGGAGUCGGACAGCAGCGAUGUGUACGCGGAAACGCUGGAGAAGCACGACUUCAAUCCGGUCUUCGUGCCCACGCUGAGCUUCGGGUUCAAGAACCUGGAGGAGCUGCGCGGGAAGCUGCAGAACCCGGACAAAUACGCUGGCAUCAUCUUCACAUCGCCGCGCUGCGUGGAGGCGGUGUCGGAAUCCCUGAAUCUGGGCCAACUGCCCGGCGGUUGGAAGAUGUUGCAUAACUACGCCGUCGGCGAGGUGACCCACAAUCUGGCCACGAGCACCCUGGACCAGCUCUUCACCCACGGCAAGCAGACGGGUAAUGCCCGGGCCCUGGGCGAGUUCAUUGUGGACACCUUCGAUGGCUCGCGGGCACUGCCCCUGCUCCUGCCGUGCGGCAACCUGGCCACGGACACCCUGCUCUCCAAGCUGGCCGAGAACGGGUUCUCCGUGGACGCCUGCGAGGUGUACGAGACGCGUUGCCAUCCGGAGCUGGGCGAGAAUGUGGAGCGGGCACUGGAGGUGUACGGCGAGUCCAUCGAGUUCCUCGCCUUCUUCUCGCCGUCGGGCGUCACCUGCGCCCAGCAGUACUUCAACGCCCGCCAGCUGUCGAUGGACAAGUGGAAGCUGGUGGCCAUCGGGCCGAGCACCAGGCGCGCCCUCGAGUCGCAAGGCCUGAAGGUCUACUGCACCGCCGAGCGGCCCACCGUGGAGCACCUGGUCAAGGUGCUGCUCAACCCGCAGGACAGUCGCGAGCGGCUGCUCAAGGAGCGCGAGCGGAUGGCCGCCCUCGAGAAUAACAAUUAAGAUUGUGUAGCCCUAAGAUUUGUGGGCCAAGAGCUGGGAGUCCGAGUGACUGUUACCCCGGAUCAAUACCCACAUCUAUCAUUUUCAUUUGUACAAAACCCAAGAUUCGUGCGCCCAGGGGAAUGGAUAUUUUGCAGCUCUAUGAUUUCGAAUACAGCACAUUAUAACCCUAAGCUUAUUAAAUCAUGUCAAAUUGUUAAGUAAGAUCCAAAAGCCUAAGAGUCGUUUACCAAGGUGCUUGCAUCCCAACUUAACCCUAUGUUUUUCAAUCCAAAUAUCGGUUAUAUUGGAAACCUAUUUGUGUGAGCUAUGUAGAAAAAGCAGGACCUUGGUUGCGAAAUUCUAAAGAACAGGUUUAAUUCUUCUAUUUUCAAUUGCCCAUUGUUAUCUUUAUUAUUCUAGGACUAGAACAUAUAAUCACAAUAUCUUAAACAAUUCGAAUCCUUGUGAUUAUAGAUCCGAGGAUAAGUAAUUACGUCCCCCAAAAAAAACAAAAAAAGACUAAGACUCAUAGUUUUUUUCGAUUGACCUCCGAGCGAGUACAAAAUUAGCGGGCAUCAAAUGCCGACGUCUUUAUUUUCUGUUUACCAUUGGAUUAAGCUGAAUAAAUUGUUUCUUUUCUAAAUUUA